GAAUUAGGAGCUAACCGCUUGGAUUCUUGGAUACAUUUCACAACUCUUUAUCUCUCUCUCGGGCUGGGACUGAUGCUCACCUUCCGAGGCUCUUGCAGAGAGAUCAAGCGAGAAGGAACUAUUGUUCUUCUCCCCUUCAAUUUCACUUUAACGUAGGCUUUCACUGUUUUCUUCCUGGUUAGUUUGUUUUGUUGUUAUUCAUUAAUGCGAGUUCUCAGUGAGGAAAAAAGGAAGCAAGAGAGUGAGAGAAUCAUGUGAUCUACCUCUGUUUCCUCUCUUUAUGUAAAGUUAAAAGACAAAUCACUGUUUGUUCUUCUCUUUCUAUCUUUAUAUAUAUAUAUAUAUAUUUUCUCUCCUGAGGAUAUCGUUUCUGCAAUGGCGUCAAGCACUUCAAGGUUCAUCAAGUGUGUUACAGUCGGAGAUGGAGCUAUUGGGAAGACUUGCAUGCUUAUCUGUUACACAAGUAACAAAUUUCCCACUGACUAUAUACCAACUGUUUUUGAUAAUUUCAGCGCAAAUGUUGUUGUUGAAGGAACCACUGUCAAUUUAGGCCUCUGGGAUACAGCAGGGCAAGAGGAUUACAACAGAUUGAGGCCUUUGAGCUACAGAGGGGCGGACGUCUUUGUAUUAGCUUUCUCAUUAGUUAGUCGUGCAAGCUAUGAGAAUGUACUGAAAAAGUGGAUCCCAGAACUACAACAUUUCUCACCUGGAGUACCUGUAGUGCUUGCGGGUACUAAAUUGGAUCUCCGUGAAGAUAAACACUAUUUGGCUGAUCAUCCUGGAUUGGUGCCCGUGACUACUGCCCAGGGGGAGGAACUUCGCAAACAGAUUGGCGCUGCUUAUUAUAUUGAAUGCAGUUCUAAAACUCAGCAGAAUGUUAAAGCAGUAUUUGACGCUGCUAUCAGGGUAGUGAUCAAGCCACCACAGAAACUGAAGGAAAAGAAGAAAAAGCCACGCAGAGGAUGUUCACUAUUGAACGUCUUUUGCGGAAGGAAUAUUGUGUGUUCCAAAUGAGGUUCAUUUUCUUGACGAUGUUAUAGACGUCUUUCACUGCCUUACUGUGGCAUUGACAUCUCUCCACCAUAUUUGGGUAAUGCUGCCAGAUUGCUCAUUUUAUGUUGGUAGUGCUGCUUCAGUUAGAAAUGAAGCAGUUUGUUCUAGGAAACCUGUCACAAGCAUUGUGGCCGACUUCAAAUUUCUGAUCAUAAUGUUCUAAUUACAGAAAUCAUGGAUAUUUGACAAUCAGAUGUGCUCUGUAGAAAGUUGAUUUUUCAUUGGUUUUGCGAUGUAAUUAGCGUCUAGUAUGAGUAAUCAUCUGGAAUUCAUUCAUGAAAAUUUAUAUUCUUUUGAUAAAAAAUAUCAAAUCUUCCAACUGUUUGAUGAAA